AAAUUAUACAGCAGCGUUAUAUGUUUCCAUGCAAGUGUAUUUGUAUACUGGGAAAAAACUAUAGUAUGGCGUGAAAGUAACUUAUGGUAUUGCAUUGUAUCAUUUGGGAAGCACACUAAAACAGACCUAUAUCUGUUACACUUAGUACAAUAAGAAUACUUCAGCAUCUAACCUGAAGACUUCUUUGAAUUGAAAAUAAGACAGUAGAGAAGCUCUUUUGGCUGGUUAAAUAGCUUCCUAUACAAUACUUCUGAUGUCGGUAAAUAUGUCUAACACGAUCAAGUCAAAUCAUGUUAAUGAUUUUGUGAGCAAUCGAAAUUCAAAUCAGGCAACGUACAAUGGAAUUGGUCAAACAAAUGGCUAUGCUAACAAGCCGAAUAAUACUGUUGGACGUUAUACUAUCGUUUCGAAGUCGACAACAGUGAGAAAUGGUGCGAAUAAAGGAUUCUACCACCCUGCAAGUCAUUACUCUCAACUGGAUACAACAAAACGUUCACAUUCUCAACAAAGUGUAGGAAGAACCACUUCUACAGGAUCUAUGAAUAGUUACUGCAGUACAAACUAUUCUUCUAAGAACUCUAUCAAUGGACUCCAUCAGCUGUCAUCACCAUCGAAUGAUAAAUUGAACUUUGUUAAUUCAUACCCCAACAAGUGUCCUGAUAUCCAACAUUCAAAAUCUCAUUCAGUCUCAUCAACCUUGCUUCUGCGUGAUGCAAAUCCAGUGAAGUUAUCUGAACCAUAUCGUGAACAAAGUCGUUCAGUUGGUGGAAGUUUAUCUUGUGGUCAACCAAGUCCAACGUCAACCGUUGAAGAUCCAAAUACAACUGCCCUGUCGCCGACGAGUACGCAUACACUUGAUGCCGACAAUUCAAACCGUGUUCUAUGGUUAUAUCAGUCUGAAUUGAAUUUACCGACAAACAAUGAUGACAGUACCCUAGACACAGUAAUUACGCCAUAUAAACGUUCAGAAAGUCAACAAAUAUCUAAUCUCUCUGAUUUUGAUAGGAAAAAUCGAAGUCAAACUUCCAAUAAUAUUUCAUUCAAUCCACAAGUAGCUAAAUACAAUUCAGUGAGUUCUGCCAUGCUGUACACAGGCAAUAAUACCAGUCAACGUAACAAUACAAACGAAGAUUACAUGAAUAAUUAUGCUUCAGGUCCGAGUCUUCGUAAGAUUCAAAAUCUUCAUGGUGGGAAUACAACUCAGAAGCGUUUUCCAUCGGAUACUACACUUAAUUCAACGACAAGAGACGGAGCACAGAUAUAUACAUCAGGUAGUCGCCCAGGACCAGUGACAAUUCCUGCCCGAAGCAGAAGUGCACAACCUAGUCCAGGACCAAGUCCUACUAUCAGUCCUGUUACGUGCUUUCGAGCUUCUGAAAAUAAUCUGAUACAAGGUACAAAUGGAGAGAAAAAUUCAUAUGUUGCAAAAUCUCAAAAGAUCAAUCUAAAUGUUACAAACUCUCAACAACAUGGCUCCUCAUCUUCUAGACUUGAGCAUAGCAGUAUGAAUUCAUUUUCAUCUGAUGUUCCUGAGGAGGAUGGUGAGUCUCAUAUUUUGCCUUCUGUAAGAGAAAUUAUCCGUCAGGUCGAAGCUAUGACCCAGUCAAAUGCAGCUACAUCAACUACAGAUAUUUUCACACUUGGACUAAAUAACGGAUCAUCUGGAAAUCAUUCCCUUCAAAAGCAAAAUGGUCAGCCAUCUCAAACCUCACAACGGCGUAAGCCUACUGCCAGCAAUGACAGCCAAUUUGCACGUGGUGGAAUUCUUAGGCAGGGUGGCAGUAGUCAGCGAACACCUAGUGCACCCCAGCUCAGGAAUGCUAGCUAUGGUAAUUCACAGCAGUAUACACCGAUCCAAGCAAAAUUCAAUGCAGCUGUAUCAGCUGGUCAGCAGAAGCCCAUAGCUCCUCCUGUUCCACCACACGGAGUUGCACGUAAUAAGCCAAUCAUUGGCUCAUUCACAAGGCGAAUUGAGCCAGUGUCGAAUGACUCAAGCACUGUGAACAAGCAACCAGAGUUUGGAAAUAUAACAGGUGCACCGAAAAAAUCUGAACUCCUAAGUCAUUUACCUACAGAUUAUCAAAAGCUUCGUGAGGCAUUCAUUGAACAGCGAAGGGAAAUUCAACGCCUAAGGAAACAGUUGGCAGAAAAAGAUCUACAACUUGCCCAAUUAGAAGGAGAUAUAAGGCUCUAUGAACCAUGGCGUUAAGUCUAGUCUGCGUAACGAAACUAUCUCUGUUUUGAUUCUGAUGACGAUCAAAUUUUCUUUACAUUUCUUCUAUCACUGAAGUUCGGCUCCUGUUGCAACUGUUUUCAUUUACGUUUACUUGCCUCAUCAGUUUGUUUUUUUCUUUAAAAUAUGGGAAAAAGCUUGGUUACCAAUACCUAAACUGGAUUUCCCUUCAGAAGGAUGCAUAAAUAAUGAACCAAGAAUUAAGUAUACCUUCAACUAGGCACUCAAUAAGACUAACAAUUUUAAUCAUAUUAAUCACAACCAUGGUUUAUGUACCUCAUUUCAUCUUAAAAAAAUUACUGUUUUAUAGGCUAUCUCAUUUGAAAAUUAUCUUUGAGUGUAUGAUUUCUAAGGUUUCUAUUAUUUCAUGUGUUCUUUCUUUUUGCGUUGAACGGAGAAGCAGCAAGUGAACAUUUUUGUGGUUUGCCCACUUAUUCAGUUUGCAACAAAUAAAGAACACUUGAUUAUCUUGUUCAGUAAACUUUGUUAUAUAAGUCACAUGAAACAUUAUACUUGUGAGAGUGUGUAAUUUUACUCUUCCAAGUUAACUUGCGGUUUAUAACUGUUCCCGAUAACUAAAACACUUGUUGUUUCGUUUCUUUUGUUCAUGUUGGUUGCUUUAGAAACCUGUUAGAGUCAGAAAAUAGGUAAAUAAAUGGUUGUGACUGGC